CUCACUGAAGACUCCCUCGUUUCCCUCCCCCAACACUAACCGAAACGUUACGAAACUCUCUCUCUCUCUCUCUCUCUCUCUCUCUCUGAUCUCGAUAUCUCUGCCGUCGGAUCUUUCUUUCUCUCUUUCUCACUCUGACCGUCGGAUCGGAUGGGUUCGUGUCUUUCAACGUGCCUCUGCAAAAACGGAAAACAAGCCCUCGAUCAGAACGGAAACAAGAAGAUCAACAUCAAGGGCAUCGAGGGAGGUGGGCCAGGCGCUUCCGAUCGUUUCGGCGCCGGUACCAUCGGCAUCGGUAUCCCCGCCAACGUGGGAGAAAACGAGCUGCAGCGAAUCCCCGGCCGGUUGUUCCUCAACGGUUCCAGCGACGUCGCUUGCUUAUACACGCAGCAGGGAAGGAAAGGCACCAAUCAAGAUGCCAUGCUCGUCUGGGAGAAUUUCUGUUCAAGAAGCGAUACGGUCUUCUGUGGAGUAUUCGAUGGUCACGGUCCAUUUGGUCACAUGGUUGCCAAGAAAGUUAGAGAUUCUCUUCCUCUUAUGCUGUGUGCCCAAUGGCACGCUAAUGUUUGCGACCGUAAUGGCCUACAUGAGAACAAUGGCGUACUGGGAAGCAUGAAUUCGGAAGAAACAGCAUCUAGCAUAGACGAAGAAUGGGGUGAGUCCUUAGAUGCUGAUGAAAAUGAAAAGUUCCCUGAGAAGUACGUUGCGCUAAAACAAUCUAUAUUAAAGGCUUUCAAGUUAAUGGAUAAAGAACUGAAACUGCAUCCUACAAUUGAUUGUUUCUGUAGUGGGACUACCGCCGUCACCUUGGUAAAGCAGGGGCAGGAUCUAAUAGUGGGAAAUGUUGGAGACUCGAGAGCAGUGUUGGGCACAAGAGAUAAAGACCACACGUUGUUGCCCAUACAACUGACUGUGGACUUGAAGCCCAAUCUUCCAAGGGAAGCUGCCAGAAUUCAACAAUGCAAAGGGAGAGUUUUUGCCUUGCAGGACGAGCCUGAGGUUGCACGUGUAUGGUUGCCCAACAACGACUCGCCUGGCCUAGCAAUGGCACGAGCUUUCGGGGACUUCUGUCUGAAGGAUUUCGGUUUGAUUUCUGUUCCGGAUGUUUCUUAUCGCCGUCUCACAGAGAGAGAUGAGUUUGUUGUUCUCGCCACUGAUGGGGUCUGGGACGUCCUCUCUAAUGCAGAAGUCGUGGAUAUAGUAGCUUCAGCACCGAGUCGAGCAACAGCAGCUAGAGCUCUUGUGGACCAUGCAGUUCGAGCAUGGAGGCUCAAGUUUCCAACAUCCAAAUCCGAUGACUGUGCUGUAGUCUGUCUCUUUCUGGACCCACCAUCCUCAUCUGUUGAAGGUCCUGAGAGUGCUUUUGAAAGAACGACAGAUGAAGCAGUGGAGUCGAGAGUCUCCAGUUUGACUCGGAAAGAGACAGCAAAUGGGGAACCGGAUAGGUCAAUUUCUGACAUGGCCUGGGUUCAAGCUUCUGCUCUUGAGCAAUCGAAUGCAAUCCAUGGUGCCAAUGAAAUCGUGCCAGUUUCUGAGCCAAAUGUAGAGAACCGGCCUGAUAGGUGCCAGUCCACGAGGAGCCUUGCCGAGUGCAUUUCAUCCACAGAGGAAGAGGAAUGGUCUGCACUUGAAGGCGUUACAAGGGUCAAUUCUCUUCUAAACCUUCCCAGAUUCGGAUCCAGUGACAGAAGGUCAGCCAGUUGGAGAAAAUGGUUAUAAAAAAUCAAUGUGGCUCACAUGAGCUCUCUCAUCUCUGCACUUCCACACACAACAGAGAAAUCAUUUGUUCAAACGGUUAUUCAAGGCAAAAAAAAAAAAAAAAAAACCUGAUUUCCUCAAUAGCACAAGAAAGAAUCCAUAUAGAUUCUGAGCCAUGGUCAUUUCUCCGAGCUCACGUCAAGCUGUUGCCAUCAAGGCUGCAUCUUCUGCCGUUGCUUUGUGGGUUGGUGAGUAUUAAAACUUCCGCGUUGUAUUCAGUUGUUGCUAUUGAAACUUGUGUAAGAUAUUCUUUUUGUAGAACUUUGUUGUUUGGAAAUAAUCUUGUAAUAUAUGGUGUGCCAUCAUCUAACGCCUGCGUCUGUCCGUCUUGAUCAGAUUUUUACCAUGAUAUAGCAUUCGUGCCGAUUUUGA